AUGGACGCGAAGAACGUCGAGAGCGGCGUGGCGAAGGUCGUGGGCGCCCCGGAGGCGUCCCCCGUGGCUGCGCACGCCCCCGCCGAUGCGACAAAAUUAGUGACGCCGGGGUCCAGCAGCCGUCGACCCUCCCGGGCGGCCGCCGCGAACGCGAAGGAGAUCCUCUCCGGCAAGCGCGAGCGCGAGCUGUUCGAUCCCGACGAGGCCAGGCGCGAGGCGGCGGCGAAGCGCGCCGCGGCGGCGGCCGAACGCGAGCGAGCCGAGGAGGAGAUGAUCGCGCGAUGGAAAGAGGAGGAUCGGCUCAAGGCGGAAGCCGCCAGGGAGAAAGCCGUCGCCGAGGGCACCGCCGGCGCCGAGGACGGCGCCGAGGAGGGCGCCGACGGAGACACGGACACCGCCCCGAACGGCGCCCCCGAGGACGGCUCCGCGCCCUCCACGUCCACGCUCGCGGGCAGGUCCAAACGCGGCGCAACCGCGACCGCCGCCGACCGACGACCGACGGGCCGACGCGAGAUCCCGCUGCCGCCGCCGCCCCCCGAACCGACGCAGCCCUACACCCCGCCGCUCACCCACAUCGGCGACUCCUCCGAAGGACCGUCGGCGCCGUCCUCGUGGCCGGUGUUUGGAUGCGACGCGUGCGAUUACAACCGACACGGGUGCUACGCGUGCCUCAUGGGCCCGCCGGUGAGGAGCGCGUACAAGCCGGACGACGCGCAUCACUACGACGUCCCGUCCGUCCCGGUGUACCACCCGACCGAGGAGGAGUGGGCGAACGACCCUCUGGAGUACAUCAACAAGAUCAGGCCGGAGGCUGAGAGGUACGGCGUGUGCAACAUAGUCUGCCCGCCGUCGUGGCAACCCGAGUUUCGAUUACCGAAUAAGGACGAGUUGCGGUUCCGGACUCGCAUCCAGGCGGUAAACGAGCUUCAGGACAGGCCCGCGGGACCCAGCAAACGGGCCAGAGAGAACGCCGCGAGGGCCAGGGCGGCUCUGGAGGCGGCGGGGAUCGAUCCGGCGACCUUUCCGCCCGGGUUUUUGCUCGGCGGCGGCGCGGGGGGCGGCGGCAGGAUGGGCGGAAACAGCGGCAGGAUGGGCGGAAAUGGCGGCAGGAUGGGCGGCGGCGGCGGUCAGAAAGCGGCCCCCGCGCCCGAUACGCCCCCGGGGAGCGCGGUCGACGACGACGAGCGUGCGAAUGAGCGCGCGAAGAGCUCGGAGCCCGCCUCCAAAGAGGCCACGCCCGGUCCCGGCGACUCCAACCCGAACAACCCUACAAACCCCGCCGUCGCGAAUAAGAAGAAGAAGCCGCCCCCGGGACCCUCGGCGGAGGCUGAGGAGAAGAAAGCGGAGGCGAUCUUGGCGCAGUACGGCUUCACCUCGGGCGAGCGUCACACGGUCAAGACCCUGGAGCGGUACUCUGACUACUUCAAGCGCAAGUACUUUAGCCGCCCCGGCGGUGUUCCCGCCGACGCGACGAUCCGCGACUUGGAAGGGGAGUUCUGGCGGCUGGUCGAGUCACCCGCGGGUCGGAGCGUGGAGGUCAUCUACGGCGCCGACAUCGCCACGAUGGAGGUUGGCAGCGGGCUGACGAACAAGGACGACCCGUGCGACGACAACCCGGAUCAGUUGAAGUACGCCGCGUCGCCCUGGAACGUGUGCAACAUGCCUUACAACCCGAGCUCGUGCCUCAAGCACGUGGAGGCCACCACGGGGAUCACGGUGCCGUGGCUGUACUUUGGCAUGACUCUGUCCACGUUCUGCUGGCACGUCGAGGACCACCACUUCUACAGCGUCAACUACCACCACUUUGGCGAUCCAAAGGUUUGGUACUCCAUCCCGGCGGCGUACUCGGAAAAGUUUGAGGAGGUGAUGCGCCGGCGCCUUCCCCAUCUCUUCAACGCGCAGCCCGACUUGCUGCACUCCCUCGUGACCAUCCUCUCCCCGAAGGUGUUACGAGACGAGGGGAUACCGGUGUACAGAGCCGAGCAGCACCCGAGGUCGUACAUCAUCACCUUUCCCUACGCGUAUCACGCGGGGUUCAACACCGGCUUUAACUGCGCCGAGGCGGUGAACUUUGCGCCGGUGGACUGGCUCCCUUACGGCGCCGUGGCCACGGAGCAGUACGUGCGGGACAGGCGGUACCAGAGCGUGGCGCACGAUCAGCUUCUCGCCACCCUGUGCGACGCGUGCGAGGAACGGCCGAGUCACUGCGCGACGGUGGCGGCGGUGAUGCGGGAGAGGGUCGAGAGGGAGAAGGAGCGAAGAGCCGCGGCGGUUCCGUCCCGGGUGGGCAACUCGGUCCGCAUGGCCGGCACCGACGAGGCCCCGGACCUCUUCGAGCGCGACUGCCACAAGUGCCAGGCGGACCUCAACUGGGCGGGCGUGAGAUGCGAGUGCAAGCCUAAGCGUCUGUAUUGCCUGCGCUGCGUGAAGGAGUGCGGAUGCGGCCCGCACAGGAGCACGAUGUUUUACAGGCACACUGGGGAGGAGUUGGACGCGAAGUGCGCGAGGUUGGAGGAGCUGGCGAGGGAGGCUGGAGGCGUCGCGGAUCGUGCCGUGGCUCAGGUGCGAUGAGGAGUACUUUUGUGAAGCCCUUUACUUUAGUCGAGGAAUACGCCGAUGAAUGCGUCGCGACC